AGAUGACUGACUUCCAUUGCAACCAAAUUCUUUUUAGUGCACAAUACGGUAUCCAGCACUCUUUUACUGACAUCGAAACCCGCCCUCUUCGCCGCUAUGGAGCCCAGACUCCGCCAGACCCGUCUUCAAAAAUGGCCACUUCUUGUAGAGGCCCAAGCACUAACCGAUUUUAAUACCGACGCAUCAAAACAGGAAACAGGGGAUAGCGCACCCUCUUCAAGCCCCGACAUCCACCUUCUUCCCACCCGCCUCCUCCGCUCCCAUACCAAGCUCACCAAGAAAGAUCAUACCCUCCUCCUCCUAAAGCAAGCCAGGCUGCAAGCUUUUGGCACCCUCAGACCCUCCAGCUACACAUCAGCCACAUCCGCAACCCUCAUCUUCGCCCAGGCCGAAGCCGGCACGGCAGUGUGUAUCCACGACUCCGGCCUGCUCCUCACUUGCGCCCACUGCAUCGCCGAAACUGGGGCCGAACUCGAUCUCUCCAAAUCCCACCUCCUCCUCUUCGCCUCCGGCACUGUUGUCACAGCGCAAUGCACAGCCUGGGACCUCAAACGCGAUCUGGCGUUGCUACAAAUCACAGCCGCACAACGCCCGCCAGGAGGACAAGAUAAUUCCGGGUUGAGCCAACCGCACUGGCAGUUCCCUUCUCUCGGAAUCGCGGACCGAUCUCCCAAGGUCGGCACAAAACUCGUCUGCAUCGGCCAGCCUGGGAGCGAAGACCUGGAGUGUGAAGAAACGGGCGUGGAAACGGGGUACGAAGUUCUGUGUGUCAGCGAGGGGACGUUUAGGGGUUAUGCGGACGGGCAGGACGUGCAGGAUAAUGAGGAGAUUGGGGCGCUGAUGCACAGUUGUUGGACGUAUUGGGGCCAUAGCGGGGCGCCGCUGGUGGAGAGGACGGCACGGAUGGGAGAGAUGUUGGUAGGUGUGCAUAGUUCGUGGGAUGACGAGACGGGGAUGAGGAGGGGUGUUGGUACUGAGGCGAUUCGAGACUUCUUAAGGGAAAGGGUUGAUUUGGGGUGAGGCUAUAUGAGGAGGCGGUUAUGUUUCAGCCCUACUGCCACGUCCUUGUUCAGCGGCCCGAUCAAGCGGGCGUUACCCGAAAGGCAAUAUCUGAGGCACUGCGUUCAUGUUACCGUUACUACUGCCUUUGCUCUGUCUCCUGGAGAUUGGACUUUCUACUUGCUCGAAUCACAAAAAUCCCAGGGCUUCCUUCCUCGAAGUACUCUUCAAGUCCAGGUAU